GCUUCUUCGUUGGACUCUCGAGCUUUCCUCAGCUUCCAGAGUUCUCUGAGUUCUGUAGGGCCGUUGGUUUGCAACUCGUCGAGACUGCCCCACUCUUCGCCACGGUAGUUCUCAAUUGUUCCAGUAUCCUCUUCAGGCAUCGCAACUUCUACGAUGCGAAUCCCCAUAUUCUCAUGUUCGUCUAAGGAGAAAUUUCUUUUGAAUUCAGGUCGAGUUGCAACUUGUUCAAUUAUCUACUAGAAACAUACGGAGACAUUUGAGCUGAUUUCUGGAAAAAUCGUCCAGGAAGAUGGUGAGAUUACCCGACAACAUGCUCACCUUCGGUAUCGGUAUCGGUAUCGUGUGUACGCUGAGCACUGUCAUGCGCGUUGAGUGCAUCCCAGAGUUGAUCAGCUCUGAACCACCUUACGCUGCGAGGACGUGGAUGGAUGCGCAUGCAACGUUUCAUGGAGGGAGUGCCGUCGCUGACACAAUGGGUGGAGCUUGUGGUUAUGGAAAUUUGAUAUCUAGGGGCUACGGCUUGCACACAUCAGCUCUGAGUUCAUCCCUUUUCAACAGUGGAUUGACCUGCGGAGCAUGUUUCAAGGUCAGAUGUAAAGCGGCUUCGUCGAUGCGAUGCCAUGCAACUGCUGGUUCUAUCACGGUGACUGCCACCGACCUUUACUCUGAGAAUCUCGCCACUCUCAUCGAAGAUGAACGACGGAGUAACCCAUCCCAACCGCAAUUCGAUCUAGCCGUCAGCGCGUUCCAAAUGCUGGCCAGACCCAUGGUCGGAUUGAUUCCUAUUGAAUAUCAAAGAGUGCCAUGUGAGAAGGAGGGAGGAAUCAGAUUCACACUGAACGGCAACUCGUGGUUCAACCUCGUUUUGGUGCACAAUGUUGGAGGAGAUGGUAACGUCGUUGCUGUUCAAGUCAAGGGCUCGAGAGCCAGCAGCUGGUCGAUGAUGAACCGGAGGUGGGGUCAAAACUGGGAGCUGAGGGAAAAUCUUCAAGGACAGAUCCUUUCCUUUCGGAUCACCACCGGUUUCGGAAAGACUGUGCUACUGCCCGACGUCGCACAAGCCGAUUGGCGCUUUGGGCAAACUUACGAGUCGGAGGGCAAUUUCAGCGGGUGGUGACGUGCUGUGCCAAAGGAUCGUCGAGCACAAAUGUAACCUAUGUAUCAUAGGAUUCAGACACCCGUUCCUCCUGAUCAGAAGAGGCUUGUUCAUAUGCGUGCAUGAAGAGACAGACAGAAGAUGGUUCGUAGUUGCAGUGAAGCAGAUACUGAACAGCUACGACUCGAUACGAUUAGGUUAGUGAUCUUCAUAUAUCUACGUCCAAUGUACCACAAUACAGAAUUUGAGCAGUCUGCUCCAUAGAAGCUCCAAGUGACAACCCGUAAUUAUUGCAAAAUCUACGAAGUCAACUUUGUUUGCGGUUUUAAAAUUGGAACUUUACGUACGCAUGACAACUCCUGUAGUCUGUCAUAGCAGUCUACGCGAUGUAAUCUCGGGAGACAGACAUUAUGCCCGGAUUCCGAAGGCGCAGAUGAUAACCAGAUGACAGAUAACAUAAUUAGUGCAAGCAACGCUGUACACUGGAGCAUGGCUGAGAGCGAAGAUCAUAUGGCUCCUCUAACCAACGUAAUAAAUGGAUUCUCCCAUAAAGAAUGAAUCCACAACCCAGAAAUUACAGA